AUGGAUCCUAAGAGAAGCAAAUUAGGUCCUCGUGGGAUAAAAUGUGCCUUUAUAGGUUAUGCACCAAAUAGUAAAGCAUAUAGACUUUUAAACUUAGAGAAUAAUGUAAUCAUUGAAUCCCGGGAUGUAGAAUCCUUUGAAAACGUUAUUACUAAGGAUAAAGAAUCUGAGUCUCCUGCAAACAAAGAAUCUUGGGAGGAAUAUUCUUCUUGGAGUAUCGAGAUACAACCUGAAACUGCCUCUCGGAUCAUUGAAAUACAACCCGAGCCUAGGAUAAGCAAAAGAAAUAUUCCUAUUAUUCUUCAAGUAGAAGAUGAUCCUAAAACUUACAAGGAAGCAGUGGCUUCGAUAAACUCUUCCUUUUGGAAGGAUGCUAUCCAAGAUAAAAUGGAUUCAAUCAUGUCAAAUCACACUUGGCAUAGUACUAGUAGUGGUAUCCAUGAAGACAAAACUACAGUUAAGGUUCUUACUUUGGGUACCCAUUGUUGGAGAACCAUUCCUAAGUUCCCUUUUGAUGCUAUAAAUAUUGAUGGAGCUGGAAAAUGUGUAAGCCACACUGUUAAUUGGUUGGCCUAUACUGAAACUUAUCGGGUUGGUCGUCAGCCUUUUAUUGUCUCUCUUGAUUUGGCUAAGGAGUCUUUUCAAAAGAUCUUCCUUCCUGACCAUGAAAGGAGAGAUGGGUGUAACAUAACAUUGUUAGUGUGGAAGGAUUGCUUGGGUUUAAUCUCUGAUCAUGAUGUUUGGGUCAUGAAGACAUAUGGAGUUCAAGAGUCUUGGAUUAAAUUGUUCAGUGUUUCUUACUUGGAAGAUCCUGAAAUGUCUUCUAUCUUGACCAAGGCAUUAUAUAUUUUUGAAGAUGAUAAACUGCUCCUGGAGCUUCAGGAGGAGAAACGGAGGAGGAAGUUGAUUGUCUACAAUCCUAAGAAUGGUAGUUUUAAGGUUACCAAGUUUGUAAGGUUACCAGAAGUCUGUGUUGAGAGUUUGUUAUCACCUGACAUCAUUUAA